AUGAACAAGCUCAAGAAUGAUGGCCUGACCGUAGAUCGUGACGUUGAUGACUUGGUUCAUCGCCCACUUCAAACCUCUCAGGAGAGUUACUAUUAUUCACAACAUAACCACCAUUCCGAUGCACUAUACUACAACCAUGGACAUCGGCCAUUUCAACAAUACGAACAAAGUUACCAGAAAGAGAACAAGUCAUUGUCACCUGUUCCUCCUGGCCAUGGUACAAACACAAGUUCAAUAACCUCCAAAGCUCACCAUGAUUCAAUUUUAAUCGAUUAUUAUUUAGAAUCUAAUAAUAAUGUUUUCCAAAAUUCCAAUACAGAAAAUAAGUCACCACCACCAGAAAUGAAACUACAUGAACCUACAAAAACACGUAUUGCUCCAAAAUCUAUUCUAAAAAGCAGCAAUCCGCAUGUGUACACUACCCAUUUAACACCGAAUAGUGAUAAAUCCAUGCACUCUUCCAUGUCAAACUUUCCAAGACCUUCACUUUCACCAACUAAUCCUACAAGUCCGACACGCUCAUUGUCACCACAAUCAUCAUCAUCUCAAAUGAAUAUGCAAUUUCAAUACAAGAUAGAACAGCAGAAUAACUCUGUUACUCAACCAUUGAUACAAAAACCAACUAAUUUAAAUACUCGGAAUCUACCAAUCAACAUGGAAUAUCAAAGGUCUCCUGUACAAUAUACAGCUUCCCCCGUACAAUGUACAGCUUCUCCAGUACAGUAUACUAAUGAUGCAUUGCUACCUAUGCAAUAUCAAAAUCAAGGUUACUCUCCUGAAAUCCCCUCAACUCCAACUUUCAGAAGACAAAACUCUGCCGAAUCUUCAAAUUCGCAAAAUUAUCAAGGUUACUCUCCUGAAAUCACAAUAACUCCAAUUUCCAAGCGGCAAGAUUCAUCUGAUUCUUCAAGCACCCAAAAUUCUCAAAGAUCGAAUAUUGAUUCCGCGCCAGAACCUCAAUAUCAAGCAAAAUUAAUGCAUAGAGUGAAAAGCCUACGCUCUGCAACUUCGCCACAAAAUGUUGGUGGGUUAGAAUCUAUGAAGAAACCAACUACUAUAGAUGAUUAUGUAUCACAAGCGAUUAGAUAUCAUGAAAAUGAUCAACUUGAGAAAUCUACUGAAUAUUUUCAUAUUGCUGCUAAACAAAAUAAUACUAUAGGAAUGAUUUUUUAUGAAAUGCUAAAAACCAUUGAUGAUUCGGCCAAUUCGCAAAUACUUAAAACUGGUCUGGUACUGGCAAUUUAUGAAUUGGGUAUGUGCUAUAAACAUGGUUGGGGUGUUCCAAAAGAUAAGGUUAAGGCUGCUCAUUAUUAUAAGAUGGCUGCUGAUCAGGGGGAUCCGGAUGCACAAAAUGAUAUCGCUCAUUGCUAUUAUAAGGGAGAAGGCGUGAAAAAGGAUAUGAAAACUGGUACGUUCAUAAUGGCUGAUAAACAAGGUUAUGGUACAAUGGGCAAUUCUUGGAUCUUUAAAGAAAAAUAUAAUAAUUGA